AGAGAGCGCAGAGCCAGCGAGAGAGCCAGCAAGCGGGAACCGGAGCCCCGCGCCAGAGCUGGGCGCGCCAGGAGCUGACCCCCUCCUCAUCUCUCUUCCUAUCUGUCCUUUCCUGGCCCCUGUUUCCUCCUCUCUUUGCCUUUGCUGCUUCUGUCCUCACCCCUAGAAGACCCUGGUCUGCUGGACCUAGCCAUCCCUUUUGGGGCCAUGGAAUCACUGCUUGGGUUUCUGGCACUGCUGCUGCUGUGGGGUGCCGUGGCCGAGGGCCCGGCCAAGAAGGUGCUGACCCUGGAGGGGGACCUGGUGCUGGGUGGGCUGUUCCCAGUGCACCAGAAGGGUGGCCCAGCCGAGGAGUGUGGACCUGUUAAUGAGCACCGCGGCAUACAGCGCCUAGAGGCUAUGCUUUUUGCACUGGACCGCAUCAACCGCGACCCCCACCUGCUGCCUGGUGUGCACUUGGGUGCGCACAUCCUCGACAGCUGCUCCAAGGAUACACACGCCCUGGAGCAGGCGCUGGACUUUGUGCGUGCCUCACUCAGUCGUGGCGCUGACGGCUCACGCCACAUCUGUCCUGAUGGCUCCUAUGCCACCCACAGUGAUGCUCCAACAGCCGUCACCGGUGUCAUUGGUGGCUCCUACAGUGAUGUCUCCAUCCAGGUGGCCAAUCUCCUGCGGCUGUUCCAGAUCCCACAGAUCAGCUAUGCCUCCACCAGUGCCAAGCUGAGUGACAAGUCCCGUUACGAUUACUUUGCUCGCACUGUGCCCCCAGACUUCUUCCAAGCCAAGGCCAUGGCUGAGAUUCUCCGCUUUUUCAACUGGACAUAUGUGUCUACGGUGGCAUCUGAGGGUGACUAUGGUGAGACAGGCAUUGAGGCUUUCGAACUCGAGGCUCGGGCACGCAACAUCUGCGUGGCCACUUCUGAGAAGGUGGGCCGUGCCAUGAGCCGCGCUGCCUUCGAGGGCGUGGUGCGAGCCCUGUUGCAGAAACCCAGUGCCCGUGUGGCUGUGCUCUUCACCCGGUCCGAGGAUGCCCGUGAGCUGCUUGCAGCCACCCAGCGCCUCAACGCCAGCUUCACCUGGGUGGCCAGCGACGGCUGGGGGGCCCUGGAGAGCGUGGUGGCAGGCAGUGAAAGGGCUGCUGAGGGCGCCAUUACCAUUGAGCUGGCCUCCUACCCCAUCAGUGACUUUGCUUCCUACUUCCAGAGCUUGGAUCCCUGGAACAACAGCAGAAACCCUUGGUUCCGUGAGUUCUGGGAGGAGAGGUUCCGUUGCAGCUUCCGGCAGCGAGACUGUGCCGCCCACUCUCUGCGGGCCGUGCCCUUUGAACAGGAGUCAAAGAUCAUGUUUGUGGUUAAUGCCGUCUAUGCCAUGGCCCACGCUCUACACAACAUGCACCGUGCCCUCUGUCCCAACACCACCCACCUCUGCGAUGCCAUGAGGCCUGUCAAUGGGCGCCGCCUCUACAAAGACUUCGUGCUCAAUGUCAAGUUUGACGCCCCCUUUCGCCCAGCAGAUACUGACGACGAGGUCCGCUUCGACCGCUUUGGUGACGGUAUUGGCCGCUACAACAUCUUCACCUAUCUGCGGGCAGGCAGCGGGCGCUAUCGCUACCAGAAGGUAGGCUACUGGGCAGAAGGUCUGACUCUGGACACUAGCUUCAUUCCAUGGGCCUCCCCAUCAGCCGGACCUCUUCCUGCCUCUCGCUGUAGCGAGCCCUGCCUUCAGAACGAGGUGAAGAGCGUGCAGCCUGGCGAGGUCUGCUGCUGGCUCUGCAUUCCCUGUCAGCCCUAUGAGUACAGGCUGGAUGAGUUCACCUGCGCUGACUGUGGCCUGGGCUACUGGCCUAAUGCCAGUCUGACUGGCUGCUUUGAGCUGCCCCAGGAGUACAUCCGCUGGGGUGAUGCCUGGGCGGUGGGACCUGUCACCAUCGCCUGCCUGGGUGCCCUGGCGACGCUCUUUGUGUUGGGUGUCUUCGUGAGGCAUAAUGCCACACCCGUGGUCAAGGCUUCCGGUCGGGAGCUUUGCUACAUUCUGCUGGGCGGUGUCUUCCUCUGCUAUUGUAUGACCUUCGUCUUCAUUGCUAAGCCUUCCACGGCCGUCUGUACCUUGAGGCGCCUGGGUUUGGGUACCGCCUUCUCUGUCUGCUACUCAGCCCUCCUCACCAAGACCAAUCGCAUCGCUCGCAUCUUUGGCGGGGCCCGGGAGGGUGCCCAGCGGCCACGCUUCAUCAGUCCCGCCUCACAGGUGGCCAUCUGCUUGGCACUUAUCUCGGGCCAGCUGCUCAUUGUCGCUGCCUGGCUGGUGGUGGAGGCACCUGGCACAGGCAAGGAGACAGCCCCUGAACGGCGGGAAGUGGUGACAUUGCGCUGUAACCACCGUGACGCGAGCAUGCUCGGCUCACUGGCCUACAAUGUGCUCCUCAUCGCGCUCUGCACGCUCUAUGCCUUCAAGACCCGCAAGUGCCCGGAGAACUUCAACGAAGCCAAGUUCAUCGGCUUCACCAUGUACACCACCUGCAUCAUCUGGCUGGCUUUCCUUCCUAUCUUCUAUGUCACCUCCAGUGAUUAUCGGGUGCAGACCACCACGAUGUGCGUGUCCGUCAGCCUCAGUGGCUCUGUGGUGCUUGGCUGCCUCUUUGCACCCAAGUUGCACAUCAUCCUUUUCCAGCCACAGAAGAAUGUGGUGAGCCACCGGGCACCUACCAGCCGCUUUGGCAGCGCUGCCCCCAGGGCCAGCGCCAACCUUGGUCAAGGGUCUGGAUCCCAGUUUGUUCCCACUGUUUGCAACGGCCGUGAGGUGGUGGACUCAACAACGUCGUCGCUUUGAAGAUCCCACACUCCUGCCCUGACAUGGCUGCUCCCAAACCCGGCAUAGACCCUCAUCCACGGCCAGGAGGAAGUUGGCUGGGAGCACUGCAAUAACACCCACCCCAUGCCUGCCCCCAGAGCCACUUACCCACCUCCUGGAUUCCCAGCCCUUUAGGUCAGAAGCCAGAGUCCUUAGCUGGGGAGCCUCUGCAAUGGCCAGUAACUGUCCUUGUAGCUAUGCCCCGUGUUUGCCAGGCCUGGGACUCAGAGGGGGAGAUGACCAGUGUCUACUGUGUUCUAGAACAGUGUGGCUGAGGACGACAGGCCCAACCCCCAUGCAAAGGUGCUUCCGGACCAGCCCCUGCCCCAGGCCUUUUUAAUUUUUUAUAAGUUACUCUGGGAUAGAGAGGAUGGUUACUGUGGGGAUCAUUCCCUCCCCUCCUUACCCAGUAGUUUGUCCCGUGGUUUAUUUUGUAUUACCUGUAAAUAAAGUGUCUUUAUUUAAACGGUUUUUUAAUUUUA